AAUGAAAUAUACUGUCUAUUCUCCAAACAAAAAAUUGCACUGCUUAAACAGAGAUGGAUAAUAAUAGUUGUAUAUAUUAUUUAGUAAAUGUUUUAAAGGUUGUCACCUGAGGAAAAACAUGAUUAAAAAGUUCAAGGUUUGUUACAAAUGAUAGAUUCACAAUUUGAGAGCAUGCAUUAUUAUCAAAGCUCCUUAGAAAACUAACCGAAUUUCAGAACUGAACCUAACGAUUAUUUGAUUGAUAGCCAUCAAACUAAAACUGUUAGACACUUCAAAUCGUAAGAUAAUAUUUCCAAAACUGCUCUUUCUAAUCUCCUUAACCUAGUGGAUACUAACAUUUUAAAAUCAACAAAAUUAAAUCAUUCUAAAUCUAAUGCUAAUAAUAAGUAUAAAAUAUUAGAAUUUUUAGUGAGGAUUUCCACUCUAAAUAUAAAAAACCUAUUAAAACUGAUUGUUCAGUUGGAUUUUAAAAUGACUCAUAGGAAGAUCGAAUCAAGACAUAAAUGUCCAAUAUUUCUAUUUAAGAUGCUUCUGUAUAAACAAAGCCAAAAAAGUAAAAAAAAUUGGGUUUUUUCACUUAUGAAAUCUCUUACUUAUCACCUAAAUGCAAAAAUUGUGGUUCUGAAAAGAAAAUGUUAGAAGAUAAAAGCAUUUAAAAUUAAAGAGCUCAAAGUAAUUAUGUAAAUGCUUUUAAAGAGUGUACAAAAAAUGAAAGUGUAUAAAAAUGCUUUUUCUCGAAAUUAAACAAUAAUAAGUUUAUAUAAAAUUUAAUUAUUAUUAGAAACAAAUAAGAAUUUAUAGUUGAUCAAAAAAUUGAAGAUUAACUAUUUAGUACAAAUUCUAUUGCUAAAGAAAUCAAAUAUUAACCAUAAUUCUAACCAAAUAGUCCCAAAGAUUUAUCUUUUCAAUAAGCAAUUAAGAAAAAUAAAUCUUAAAAGAAUUUUACUCAAUUAGCACAAGAAGUUAAAAUUAUAUCACCUCCAAAAUAAGGACUAUUUAUGAACUCUAAUAUCAAAUAAUAAAAGAAAGUAAUGGCAUAACCAUACAAGCUAAUUUCUUAAAAAAUGAAAUAAAAAACAUAGAUCAGUUGA